AACAAAUAAAAGAGGUCUUUUUCUUCGAUGAAGAUAAGGCUCCAGUUUCUGCGUUUAACUGUUAGUUGAUUUAUUAAUCUGAAAUAUCGAAUCAGCAAUGACGAAAAUAUCGCUAUCCCAUGUGCAAUGGCACCAGCAAUUAUAAGUAUUCAUUUCAGAAAGCAGUCGAAAAUAACUACACUGCACAGUUUUUUUGGUUGAUGGUUUGGGCGAUGCCGAUUGCCUUUGGGAGAAACAGUGCUAAUCCAAUCCAACGGUCCAAGUUCACGCAGCGUGUGUCGGUCUACGAGUCACCUGAGGCCAAAGAUAUUGCGGGUGAUGGGCGGUUUCCGGUGGAGGAGAGGACAAGAGAGGAAGACGUGGAGUCUGCCAGUUCGUCUUCUUCAAUCGGGAGAAACAGUGAUGUCAGUGGGGGUUCGUCGGAGGGUGAAGAUUCGAAUGAAGUUCAGAGCUCGUUUAAAGGACCCUUGGAUUCUCUGGAUUCUUUAGAGGAAGUACUGCCUAUCAAGAGAGGCAUAUCAAAGUUUUAUACAGGUAAAUCAAAGUCGUUCACAAGCCUAUCAGAUGCCUCCUCUACUUCGUCUAUUGAAGACCUUGCAAAGCCAGAGAAUCCUUACACAAGGAAACGCAAGAAUUUAUUAGCUCAUGGUAAUUUAUUGGAUAAGAACCGCAAUCACCAUUUUGGAAUUAAUGGAAGUGGGAUGUCAAAGAAAUCAGCAAACUUUGGUCGAAGCAUGUUGGUUCUUGAGGUGUCAAUUAACAGCUCGGAGAGCAUUACUGAUGAAUACUCCAACUCAAUAACAUCAUCAUCCUCUCAUUAUCUGCCUCCUCUGCAUCCUCAAGUUAAAAGAUUACCGGGCGACAAAUCAUCAUCGUCACCUCCUCGGCAGAACUCUCCCUGGCGUUCUUUCUCUCUGUGUGAUCUUCAAAAAGUUGCUGGUUCAAGUCCUAACAUGACUGAAUUGGAAGUUCAUGGUCGAGACUCAGACUGCAAAUGAAAUUGACAUUUAGUUUCAGCUUGAUGUUCAUGUUUUUGAACCUCAUAGUUGGAAGAUAGUUCAUGUUGCUGAAGGCAGUUUCUGCUUUGAUCUCAUGAUGUUGCUCAUUUUACUUAUAGCUUUAGCUAUUUCAUGAAUGGGCAUUUGGCAAACUUUAUGUAAUUGUACUCUUUCAUUUUUUGUUGGCUUCAGCUUAGAUUCACUGUAAUCUACUAGAAUUUAAAUAUUUAUUUUCUUCUUCUUAGCUUUGGUUGGAUUUUUUGUUGUAGCCUCUAAACCCUGAACUUUUACUAGAAUGAAUAGAAGUACCCUAAUCAUUAUAUCA